AGUGCUUUCUUCCUCUGUUUGUAGGCAAUCCAAGCUUUCUGUGAGACCAUGGUGGACAAUCGCUAUGCCACCGCCUUGGUUAUUGGCUCAGUGCUGAGUCUGCUUGCCACUGUCUACCUGUCUGUUGCUGUGGGGACUGAGCACUGGUUCCAGUACAGCAGCCCGCUUGACUCACAGGACCUAAACAUCACUCAACUCAAAGACCAAUUCAUCAAUGACGAGUUUGAGGAAAAGGUAUACAGCACUCCCCUGUUCCGCCUGAAUGGGACCCUGGGUCUGUGGUGGAGGUGUAUCCAGGUGCCCAGCCAGUCCUAUUGGUUUAGAGAGCCAGAUGGUCGUCAUCCACACAAUGAAAGCGUCGACAGAACACAGCUACCAGAUUGCACUCAUCACAGGGGAUGUACAGAUCCUAAGAUGGAGACCCAAUGUUUGAGCUUUACCCUUCCUCAGCAGUUCAAAACAAAGACCAAAGGAGAAGAAGAGGAUCUGCUGAGAACAUACCUGUGGAGGUGCCAGUUUCUCCUGCCCUUAGUGUCUUUGGCUCUGGUAUUUCUCAGCGGGCUCAUCGGGGUCUGUGCCUGCCUAUGCCGCAGCUUCACACCUACUCUGGGUGUGGGAGUGCUUCAUUUUAUUGCAGGUCUCUGCUCUCUGGGAACAGUCUGCUGUUUCCGGGCCAACAUGGAUCUGUUCCACUACAGCUACAAACCUUCAGCCACGGUUGACUGGUCAAUGGGGUGGUCUCUCUACCUGGCUCUUAUCUCCUUCCCUCUGCAGAUGAUGGCUGCCGCGCUGUUCAUCUGGGCAGCCAGAAGUCACCGCAAUCACUACACCCGCAUAAGGGCGUAUCGGGUCGCAUAAAGACAGGGGAAUAAUACACUUAAAGAUAACCAGCAGGUCUACAGCCCUCCUUCCAAUAAUAUCCGGUUGUAUAGCAAUAAAAUCAGCAGGUUGUAGCAUCUCACUUCCACUGUAGCAGUCAUGGGAUGCAGAAAUGGUGCAGGGUAUCACAGGUUUAACAAAGCAAGCUGCAGCUAUUUCAUAAGUACUCCUAUAUGGAGAUUUGAAUCAUUUAUUGCGUGGCUUUAUCUCACCUUUGCCUUUUAUUUGCCAGUUACUGAUUUGUUUAUUGAUGUUGCAUGUUUUCAACAUCUAGAUGUUUGUUUUCCUUUAGGAGUUUGCUAUUUUUAUUUUGCCUUCUUUUUGGUUGCCAAUGCUUCUUUUAGCUGCUCACCAUGUUGUCCUUAACUCGGAUACAACUGUGUUUAACUUGCACUAUCGUAACGUUAAGAUGUGGACUUCCAUCCAAGUCCAGGUAUCUGUCUGUUUGAUAUAAAACGGUCUGAUGCGCCUUUAUUGAAGCGUUUUGAUCCUGUGUUUGUUUUUGAAUAUCAAGGCUUUGCAUGUCGUUGGAACUGACCUUUCUAUUAUCUGUGGUUAUGCUUUAUUUUUGGCUGUGGUAAAAUGACUAAAUGUCAUGAAAUGUCACUCUCUGUAAGUGGAACCACUCACCUUCUACCAUCAUGUUAUUGAUGGAUCUAUUUUGUAACAAUACUGUGUACUUGUGUUAUUACAACCUUUAGUUGCUAAUGCAGUUCUGAAAAUUUUAAAAGAUGAAUUAAGGCUUUUAAGUGCUGGGUUUUCCUAGAUGGAGGGUGGAGAAGGUCGUUAAGCUUUGCUAAGUUUUGUUCUUUCCAACCAAUUAAGCCCCCUCCUUGAUAUCAAGUGCCUUGCACAACUAUUUGCAAGAAUUAAGGCUUAUUCUGCCUCCGUUCAAUCACUGAAAUCAAUGUAUUUGUUCAAGAUACCAAGAUCUAGCGAAGCAUAGAUGUAAAAUACAUGGAAAUUAAAAAACAUUCUUUAACAAAUACACCUCACCAUUCCUGGUCAUUCUUUAGGUCUUCUGGGGUUAUUUCUCUAUCAAAGUUAAAAAUCUGUACUCUGUUUUCUGCUUUUAUUUUUGCAAAAUGGUUAAAUUUCAGAUUGGACAGAGGCUCCAGCAACAACAGCCUUUCCUCCAGAUUGAUGUAAUUUAGGUCUGGACAUUCACUUCAGUUUCAGCACAUAUUUGCUUUAAUGUUAACCCUUUUAUUUUUAUUUGUGGCUGCAUGUUUAGGCUGGUCUGUUGCAGCCUCUUAAAUGAUUUUCGUCCAGAAAUGCUCUGUAUGUAUGUCCUUUGUUAGUGCUUUUCCAGCACAGAGGCCAAGAUGCAGUUUUUCUGAGCAAUUUUUUUUCAGCUGCACAAGCAGUUUUUGUGUUGCAUUGCCCCAUGUGAUCUCUGCAGAUCCCCUGUAGUUCUUGGGUUUCUUUUCUUUAAAUAUGCUCCAUGUGCUAAAUCUCUUGCGUUUUUUUUAUUCCAUUUUCAGAUUAUGGUGGUUGAUACUAUUGGACACCAUACAGUAGUAUGCUUUAUAACUUCUUCAUAACGUCAUAUUCCUUGGACCUUAUGAAACCAUUUCUCUUCUAACAAACCUCUUAAACCUUAUCAGAACAGCUGAGUUAUUCUUGGAAUAAAGCAUAAUAGAUUAAAAGGGGUUUGAUAUAAAAGAACGUUUCAUUAAGAGAAUAAAAACAUUAAAAAGGUAAAUUUGUACUUCAAAAUAUGCUUUUCUCUCUAUGGGCCCACCACAUAUAAUCCAAGUAAAAUCCAUUGCCGUUACUGGUUGUAAGCAUAUGACAUUUUAAGUGCAUCAUACUUUUACACAAUAAAAGAAGAACUGCAAAAAAAAAAGAAAAAAAAUGCAACAAUUCUGUUUUAUUUGGCUAUUUAACUGAUUUAUAUCAUAUAUUCAGCUUCUGAUUUGUCCAACUGUGUUCUUUUACACAAGAAUAAACUUGGUAAAUUUUAUAUAAUAUUAACAUGGCCUCAAAAUGUUUCCAUAACAUUUUUGGUAGAAAAUAAUGUGAGAGAACAGCACAAUUUUAAUUUUAAAAAUAUUUCUUAUUUUUAUACAAAAUAAGGACAAAAGGGUUAUUUGGACUUAAAUACUAACCAAAUAUAAGACUAAAUAAAAAGUGAAAGAGCAACGGUCUGUUUUUCACGCUGUUCAGACAUUGGUCCCCUUUUUUAUCUGUCUUUCUAUUUGUCCUUUUUCAAAAUUGAAGGACAAAUCAGGGUUUCAGAGAUUUUGGAUAAACAGUUGUUCCUGUAAUGCCUUCUGUUGACCAGGCGAGGGCAGUUACUAGCCCUGGCUUUACUUAAACUGAUGGGGUGUGGAUUAAAAUUAAGGAUUAAAAUGGUGAGUUGUCAUUUCACACUGGUGUCUGAAAAAACAAGUUUGUGACUAUGUUUUGAAUUUUCAACAUGCCUACAGAAAUGUUUUAUGUUUAGUUUCAUAUGUUCCAGCUUCUGAGAAAGCUAUUCCUUAUGAAGCACAAUACUGUAUUGUUUUUGUAGAAAUAAAAUUGAUAAUUGGUCAGUAA